AUGAACACUACUAAUGUAGAAGACAACGACGUAAAUGAGACUGGAACGACUAGUGAAGGUCCCUCAUCCGGCAGGUGUCCUGUGGAUCAGCAGCACAGGCCCAGUCGUCAUGCUACUGCUGAAGCUAUACGAUUGAAAUGGACGAAAGAAAUCAAUGUUGUAAUAAUGGAGUGCUUUUAUUUAAGUAAGCCGUUUAGCAAAAAUGGAAAACCUCUACGAGGAUACCGACAGCGAAUGCAUAGGAUCUGGAAUGAGAGAGGAGUGUUCCCGCAACAGAACAAAUAAUUUGUGAUAAAGCUAGAGCAAUAAGGAAGAACGGUUGGUUGACAGACAUUGAACUGGAGAGUAUAAAACAAAGAGUGUUAAGUGAGGAAAUAAAUCAUGGAGAAAGUGACUUGGAAAGAGAAGAAGAAGUGGGAUGUGAUAUGACCAUGAAUGGAGAAAUGAGAAAUGAAAAUGAGGAGACAGCAAGUGGAAGGAAUGUACAAUAUCGGGAAGAUACACAGACAACACAGCAAUCUGAGGAGAGAGCAGAAGAAUGUAUUAGAGUUGAAGGAUAUGGAGAGCUAAGUAAGGACGAGAAAGAGAUUGUUGAUAGGAUAAUCGAGAUCAUGAAAGGUGAAGAAGAUUAUAAAGUAUUCACAUUUAAGAGAGUGGAUAGAUGCAAUAUAAAUGAAAUUACAGCAAAAGUGAAUAAGCUAGUAGCACGAAUACAAACAGAUAAUAUAACUGACACAAACAAAUUAUUGAAAGCAGUACGGAGUGUAGUGGCAGAGAAAAUUGGACUGAAGGAAGUGAUUGAACAAACUAAACAAAAGGAGCCAUGGUGGACAAGAAGACUAGACAUGGAUAUAAAACGGCUUAGGAAAGAUAUUAACAUACUAGAAAGGAACAAAAGGGGAGAAAUCAGAAAGGAAGGUAAAUAUAAAAGGCUUGAGAAAAAAUAUAAAAUAAGAACAAAGGGGUUACCAACAGUGACUGAGGAGCUUAAGCAGAGGGUACUAGCGAAAAUAGCGAAGGUAAAGAGGUAUGAACAGAGGGUGAAACAACAUAGACAGAAUAGAAUGUUUCAGAGUGACCAAAAAAGGUUUUAUGUGGAAAUAAACAAUGGUCAGGAAAGUAAAGUUGAUAAAGUGAUACCAGAUGCGUGUACUGGGAUUGCCAGUAAACGUGGCCAAAAACAGGUUUCAACUCACUUUUAAUUAUCAAAAUAUAUGGAAAAUUACAAAUAGUAGAUGUAGGUAAAACACUGUUUUCCUUCGCACGCCAUAUUUGCUCUUAUGCGCAUGCUCUAACUAAACGUAAAUAAACAUCGUCCAAAAGGCGAUCGCAGAGAGAUUAUUGUACAACCCAAUACAAUGCGGAUGAAAGUAUAAAGUUCUGGAGCGAAAUAUGGGACAAUGGAAUUGAACAUAAUAAGGAUUCUGAAUGGCUACAUGAAGUGAAACAGGGAAUCGGAUAUUUGAACCAAAACGAUUUGAAGAUAAAUAAGGAAGAUAUUACAAAGCAGUGUAAGAAGAUCCCCAAUUGGAAAGCGCCAGGACUAGAUGGAGCACAGGGUUAUUGGAUAAAGAAAAUUACUUCUUGUCAUCAAAGGAUUGCAGAACAAUUAGAUGAGAUUUUAAACGGUAAGGCUGAACUACCUCAAUGGAUCACAUAUGGUAGGACAGUGUUGUGCUUAAAAGACCCAUCAAGGGGUAAUGCAGUUGAUAACUUUCGACCCAUAUCUUGCUUACCAUUGAUGUGGAAAUUGAUGACAGGUGUUAUUGCCGAAAGUAUGUACACUUUUCUGGAGAUGAAUGAUGUACUACCGAAUGAACAAAAAGGAUGUAGAAGAAAAACAAGAGGAACAAAAGACCAAUUGUUAAUUGAUAAGUUAGUUUUAAGAGAUUGUAAAAGAAGACAUACAAAUUUAUCGAUGGCCUGGAUAGACUAUCGCAAGGCAUAUGAUAUGGUACCUAUAAUAUAG